AGUGACCAGGCCUGGUAUGAGUGAAAGUAAACAAUGCCUCAGGUGUGGUGUGCCGUUGCAUAGUGCCUGUGGUAGUAGGAGGAGGAAUAGUGCCCAAUUGUUGGUGUCAGUGACAGAAAUAGUGCCCCAUCGUCUGUGUCAGUUGGGGAAUUAUGCCCCACUGUUGGCGUUAGGAAUAAUGACUCAAAUUAGUGGGAGUAUUCAUGCCCCAAGGGCCGGAUAUAGGCUAGCAAAGGGCCCCAUCAUUGGUGUCAGUGGGAGGAAUAGUGCCCCAUCACUGGUGUCAGUGGGAGGAAUAGUGCCCCAUCACUGGUGUCAGUGGGAGGAAUAGUGCCCCAUCACUGAUGUCAGUGGGAGGAAUAGUGCCCCCAUCACUGAUAUGUGAUGGAUUUGGUAAAAUGCCUAUUCUGUUUUCUGUUUAAAUGGGAGGAAUAGUGCCCCCAUCACUGAUAUCAGUGGGAGGAAUAGUGCCCCCAUCAUUUAUAUCAGUGGGAGGAAUAG